AUGUAUGUUACCUACGUCAGGGACUGUAUACGUCCCUGUCUAUAUCUACAAAAUUUGAUGUACAAUCGUUGUGGCAGACCCAGGGAAACAACUGCCAGUAACAUGGGAGAACUGUUGUAUGGGCAAUGUUCCAGCUUCCAGUCCUUGAAUUCAGAACAGCUCAACAAAACACCAGACAUUGACAAUAUGGUGGAGGCUGGAUUCGAAUUCACAGGUAAUGGCACUUUCCGUUGUAAGACAUGUGAUGUUAGCCUGGCUUGCUGGAAGCAGACAGAUGAUGUCUGGAAGGAGCAUGCCCGUUACAGUCCCCAGUGUGCUUAUCUUCAACAGAAAAAGGGCCCUGCUUAUAUUGAAAGUGUCCAAGCAGUAUUUACCACUGAGAUAUUUACACCUAAGAGUCCACAACAUUCGGAGUUGGAUGCCAGAGAAUUGACGUAUAGUAACCCUAAUUGGCCUGCACAACAUGUGAGAAUAGCACAAGAAAAACUGGCUAAAGCCAGCUUUUUUUACACAGGAAAGGAAGCCACUGUUAGAUGUCACUACUGUGAUAUCAGCCUUAAUUGCUUGGAACCCCAUACCGAACCCUGGGCAAACCAUGCACUUCUGUCUCCAUGCUGCAAGUAUCUGAUCAAGAUGAAAGGCGUAGACUUUGUGGAGAACUUCACAGCAACAAAGGAUAUUGGCCUGCCUGUUUCUCCUGUUUCCCUGGAUCCAUCUACUCCAGUCCGUAUUUUGACCUCCAUGGCGUACUCGUACAAGGUCAUCACAGAAGCCAUUGACCAGUAUGCAUCUAAAACUGGAGCUAAUGACUUUAGAGUGGGUGACCUGCUGUGUUUGAUCUCAAACAUUGAAGGAGGUGAUGAAGUAGUGGAAGAUCAACAUGAUAUGCCUUCGUAUGGUGAAGUGGAAGAAAUGAAUCAAGGACUGCUGUGUAGAAUUUGUGUGGAGCAGCCUGUCACCACUUUAUUACUGCCCUGUUUUCACCUGUACGUCUGUAAGGAGUGUGCUGAUGGGAUAGCGAUCUGUCCUGACUGUAAUCGGGAAACUACACCUGUCAGCUCUCCUGUACAUGUUCUGGGUAGGAGUUCCUGAUGUGUUUAAACACUUAAAUCAUCAAUGGGUACUCCCGUCCAACAUACCAUUCUAGUCAAAUUAAGUCUCUUGAAGUGAAGUGAGAGAGGAAUUGAAAUGAUCAUGCCCCUAUCACUUAUUAGGGGGGCAUUAAGGUAAAGGGUACCACUGUGUUAGUUAUAAUUGCACAGAAGCGUUCCCCUCAAGAGUUUUCAGCUCAUGCCAUGGCACAGCGUCCGUCAAUGUUUGUUUAAACGACUUCUUCUGAAGAUCUGAAAGACCUAGAGUCAUGAUAUUCGGCCAGUAGCAUCCUA